AUGUCACUCAACAGGUUUCCUUACCCCGUAAACCAAAGCACCUUCCAUGAUGUUCAUGAAGAUCUGUGUCAUUCUUCUUCUGUGUGCUGCCUCAGGCAGCACACAAACAACCACAGCUGCUGCAGGAACAACCACAGCUACACCAGCAACAACUACAGCUGCUGCAGGAACAACCACAGCAGCUGCAACAACCACAGCUGCUGCAGCAACAACCACAGCUGCUGCAGGAACAACCACAGCAGCUGCAACAACCACAGCUGCUGCAGCAACAACCACAGCAGCUGCAACAACCACAGCAGCUGCAACAACCACAGCUGCUGCAGGAACAACCACAGCUGCUGCAGGAACAACCACAGCUGCUGCAGGAACAACCACAGCUGCUGCAACAACCACAGCGGCUGCAGCAACAACCACAGCAGCUGCAACAACCACAGCAGCUGCAACAACCACAGCUGCUGUAGGAACAACCACAGCUGCACCAGCAACAACCACAGCUGCACCAGCACCAACCACAGCUGCUGCAACGGCAGCAGGAGCAACCACAGCUGCUGCAGCAACAGCAGCAGGAACAACCACUGCUGCUGCAGCAACAGCAGCAGGAACAACCACUGCUGCUGCAGCAACAGCAGCAGGAACAACCACAGGUGCUGCAGCAACGGCAGCAGGAGCAACCACAGCUGCUGCAGCAACGGCAGCACCAGAGUCAACAACUGCUGCCUCCUCUGCAGUUGUUAACAAAACAAGUUCCCUUUUCGUCAUUGCAGUUGUUACAGUACUAAUCUGGAAUUAAUAACCUGAUUUGAAGAAAGGACAAAAUACCAUAUUUAGACAGUAUUUAUACUAUGUAUUUAUAACUGAAGGAUUUUACUUAAUUUAUUGUCAUUAUUUAUCAUGUACCUGUGACUUCAUAUUAUUUAUCUGAAAUUAUACUAUGCUGUAACUGACUUGUGUUCCUUACACACGGAGAAGUCAUUUUAUGAUGACAGAUGUUAUGUCAUGCUGGCAAACCUGACAUUUAUUCUCUUGUCAUGAGACAAUACAUACAACUUUUAGUAACUAAUGUUAACAUUGACACAGAGCCAUAUGAGCCAUACAGUAGGUAGAUACAACCAAAUGAUCAACUCUAACAUCAUAUAUAAUCAGAAAUACUGAAUAUCCAGAAUUCAGGUUUUUUUUGUAUGUAUUGGUUUGAAUAACACUGUAAGGAUUCCACUUAAUGGAAACACUGUGCUGCAUGCUGUGGUGACUGCUCUGUUGUCUGUAUUUGGAUAUGCAUGUUAAUAUGCCAUAUAAAGUAUUUAAAGUAUUGAAGUGUGAAAUGCAAAGAACCACAAUGUAUUUUUUGCACACUAACACACAGAAAAUAAUUGAAUUAAUCAUUAUAGGAAAAGUAAACCACAGAUGAAGUUUAUUUAUUGAUAUCAUGCUACAGUUAUCAACAGUUUGGCAAUUUUCUUGAACUGCUGCUCCUGACUCUGUUACAUGAUAAAUAAAUUUGAAAAAAAGAAA